AUGAAAUUGACCACCAUCACCAGCAGCCUAUUGGCCUUCUGCACUCUUGGCCAAGCCGCUCUCAAUCUCACCUAUAUCCCCGAAACCGACCCCCAGGGCAGAGUAGUGCUGGGCGAGAAUGUCAGAAUCGCCUGGGAAAGCGAUAGAACCUAUGAUCUCCACCUGGAAAUGGUCAAGAAACUGGGCGACAAGAAGCAUUGGCCCAGCGGCUGGCGACUCAUCGAGACCAUGUUCAUGAAACUAAGAUUGAAUGAAGGCAAGGGCGAAUACCUCUAUAAUAUUCCAGUGGGAAAGGGGCAACGAACAAGUGUGGGUAUCAAGGAUGGCGAUGGUCUACAAUAUGUCAACCACACUACUUGGUUCUCGGUCAUCAAGAAUGAGAUUGCUCCAAAAGACGGGUUCAAGGAGCAGACAUUCUCGGCUUGA